ACUGUGCCUGAUUUGUGGCCAAUGUUGGAGAUGUGAAAAAAAGGAGGAGGAGGGGGAGGAGGAGGAGGAUAAGGAAAAACACUAAAGGGGUAGCUAUGGAGAUAGAACGUUUGGCUGGCUGCUUUCUUUGACAGGUGUUGAGUGGGGUAAAAGUCUUAAAACAGAAUCCAGCAUGUACGCUAAAGGUAAAGGAGCUGUCGUCCCUUCCGAUAGCCAAGCGAGAGAAAAGUUAGCUUUAUAUGUGUAUGAGUAUUUGCUGCACGUCGGUGCACAGAAAUCAGCACAGACCUUCCUGUCAGAGAUCCGAUGGGAGAAGAACAUUACACUGGGGGAGCCCCCUGGAUUCCUUCACUCAUGGUGGUGUGUAUUCUGGGAUCUGUACUGCGCUGCUCCAGACCGGAGGGAGACAUGUGAACAUUCCAGUGAGGCCAAGGCUUUCCACGAUUAUAGUGCAGCUGCUGCCCCUAGUCCGGUGAUGGGUAACAUGCCCCCCAACGAUGGCAUGCCUGGUGGACCCAUGCCCCCGGGCUUCUUUCAAGGACCUCCCGGCUCCCAGCCGUCACCCCACGCACAGCCACCCCCACACAACCCCAACAACCCCAUGAUGGGACCUCAUGGCCAGCCUUUCAUGUCCCCAAGGUACCCAGGUGGACCUCGCCCCUCGCUCCGCAUGCCAAAUCAGCCCCCUGUGGGAGUCCCAGGGUCACAGCCUCUCCUGCCAAACAGCCUGGACCCCACCAGACCACAGGGACAUCCAAACAUGGGCGGCCCGAUGCGGAUGAAUCCCCCCAGAGGGAUGGGUGGCAUGGGCCCACAGAACUAUGGUGGUGGAAUGAGGCCUCCUCCCAACUCCAUGGGGCCAGGAAUGCCAGGGAUGAAUAUGGGUCCUGGAGGUCGUGGUCCCUGGCCCAAUCCCAACGCAAACUCAAUAGCCUAUUCCUCGUCAUCUCCUGGCAACUAUGUGGGUCCUCCAGGGGGCGGAGGCCCACCAGGAACUCCCAUCAUGCCUAGCCCAGGAGACUCCACAAAUUCCAGUGAAAACAUCUACACAAUGAUGAAUCCUAUUGGCCCUGGUGGUAACAGGCCUAAUUUCACAAUGGGGCCGGGCCCUGAAGGCCCAAUGGGUGGAAUGGGAAGCAUGGAGCCACACCAUAUGAACGGAUCGCUAGGCUCUGGUGACAUGGAUGGGUUGCCAAAGAAUUCUCCCAACAAUAUGGCAGUCAUGAACAACCCUCCGGGAACUCCGCGGGAUGAUGGGGAGAUGGCAGGGAACUUUUUAAACCCAUUCCAAAGUGAAAGUCCCCCUGGAAUGUCACUGGAUCGCAGGAUUCCCAUCAAGGCCACCCAUCCCAGUGUUUGCAAAGUGGGGGUUCAGGGCAGGAAACAGUCUCAGAGCCACAGGAAGAGCCAACUCAGUGAUUCUUCCUGCCUGCCUGGCUUCCUCACAGGUCCAGGACAGUGAGAAUGGGGGACUCUGUCUGUCUGGCUGUCUGCAGGAACUCCCCUCAGCAACAGGCCUUUCAGCAUCAAGGCUGGUGGCUCCACUCUACUCAAUAACUGUAUUCUUAUUUUAUUGAAAUGUUGUUUUUGCAUGCAGCAGUUGAGUGAGAGGUUCAAAGCUCACCCUCAUUCAAUUCCUGUGUCCUUUUGUUGAAAUGAAAAGCUGAACUGGUGAUAUAUUAGGGCAAGAACAGUUUUCAUGAUAUGUUUGUAUUUUAUUAAUAAUAUUAUUGUUUUAAUUUUCAUAAUUGAUAUUGCUAUAAUGUUGUAGUUUUGAUUUCCUGUUAAUGGCACAUUGUAUCUCAACAACAUCCACAACAGAAUGAGCACACACUCAAAAAAUGCACAAUGACAUUUCUGUUUACAUGAUUUUAGGUAUUGGAUGUUUCUUGUUUGUUUUAUUUGUCUCAACCCCCUACACAUACCUCUGUCUUCUGUUCUUCGCAGAAUUUGUGGCCAGUGUCUUUACUACCAGAAAAAUAUGGCGAAGAAAUGUAAACACUCAAGCAGGGUGUGAUAGGAAUACAAGGAUAGCUGUUUGAAAUCGCUCUUAUCUAAGAAUGAUCCUUCCGAAAACUCCCAUCCAGCCAUGGGAGUUCCCCAAAACGUCUGAAUGUGAAAAGGGUGGCGAUCUCAGAAACCUCUUUAUCUUUUGGUACUCAAUAGUCUGUCAAUCUACAUGUCUGGUCACACACACCCCUCCCAAAAUGUAAUGUCAUAAUAUAUGUAUUUCUACAGGCUUGUUACUGUGCAAGGAGGGACUGAUCGAAUGUGAUUUGGACAGUUGCUCCUAAUUCUACUUUCAGUUCCGGUGGCUUGGAACAAUAAUGUUUCUGUCUUGCGACCAGUGUCCUUCCUAUUCAGUAAAGAGAAAGGGUUUUUAGACCCUCUAUGCUCUUCUAUGGCUUUGUUCUUGCCUGUAAAUACAACAUAUUGAGCUUGUAUUGUGCUUGUUUAUUUGUUGUUUUGAUAUACAACUUGAGAAUCCUGAAAGUGGUUCCUUCUCCUGCAUUCACUAAUACCCUGCAUACAAACUCAAGGCUCAAUGUUAUUUUACUGAUCUGAUCCCCGGAUACAGGCCCCUUGCUACUGGUUUCCAUGUUGUCUUUGGUGUACAAACCUUGAGCUGCUUCCUUCCAGUUAGGGUUGACCUCACAGAUCCUUAUGAUCUGGUGUCUGACCCCUCUCACAUGCAACCAUAGUUUAGCGAGGGGCAAAAGGCGUCCGCAUGCUUCCCAUCUGAAACCGUUCGAUUGAGUUUGUGCAUAUAUUAUGACAUUUUGUACAAUUUUUUUAAAUUGAGAAAUUGUGCACCAAACAUCUUUGUUAGAUGUAAAAUUGCACGACUAAGAUCUCCUCGGCAAAAACAUAAAACUUAUUGACAGAUUUCUUGAGUUAUCUAAGAUGAAUUCUUACUAUUUUAAGGAAGUGUAUACUGGCUACAGCGUCUCAAAAUGGACAAACCUUACUAUUGCCGCAAAGGUAUUUUUGUUAUAGAGUAUGAGAUCACACUCGUUCCACUAGGUGCCAGCCGAACUGAAGCAUGCUGACGCCUUAACACCACAGAGCUCCCAUCCACCAGUUCCCUCUGUGGGUCUAGGCCUAUCCAUGGGCUGUCAGAUCCUGUGUUUGGGGGGGCUGUAGCACCACUGGUGAUGGGAGUGUGAAAUGACUGGAGUGACUACACGGUGGGGCUUCACUCUCCCGCUGCAAAUAAGGACUGCUCUACAGAGCAUAGACUACCUUUAAGUCCAGCUGCUCACCUCAAAUACAUACUUUGAGAAAUGAGACAAUUCUACCUGGUUGGACUGAAUUGUGAGUCAAACUAUUUCUUUUAUUCUAGUUUAUUUGUUUGAUAUUGUUUGAAUUUCUAUUAAGUGUAUUUAAGAUGAUUAUUUUUUUAAAGCCCAUAGAAUCUGCACACCUAAGGAAAGACUUUGCCUAAGACUGUUCCUCAAACUUUCAUAUGAAAUGGUUAUUAAUCCAAGGGGUUCGACUCUCUUGUGUUGUGCUUUUUUGAAAAAAAGUAAUUUAUCAACAAGUUACAUAUUUUUGUUCUUAUUUAAAAUCAUUCUGGCCUCUGUCUGUCUGUCUUUUGCCAGUGACCUUGCUAUAGUGUUGGCAGAUCCGGUAUGGAGUAGCUUGGAUUCGGAGCUAAACAGAUUCAGAGCUAAACAGGUCCAUCUUCUGGGUAGGUUGUCUUGAGGAAUGACUCGCUCCAGUGUUCCUCUAGCAGACUGACUGGCACACAGCCCUCUGUCCCGCACCCGCCCCCUACAGCCCCAUCCUCACUCUUGAGCCCACCUUUCCUUUAAUUUCCUUUUUGUAAAUACUGUAUAAUGCAUUUUGAUAUCAUUGACAUGUUUUGAUAUGUCAGUCACUACCAAUGAAUACAGCUUAAAGUAAAUUAUAAGUGAACUGUCCAUGUUUUCAUAAUAAAGAGACGAUGUGCUUGACAUUUGAUUUAAGUUGGCUAAAAACAAAAUUGUGGUAAAAAUUAAAUAUGUAUGUAUAUUUACUUGAACAUGUGAACAUGCAGUAACUGCAUCCUAAACACUAUUGUUUCUGGUCAGUAUACAUGUAGGAAAUGUGAAAACAAUCUACCGUUAAUUUAGCUGUAAGGACAGAGAGAGGUGAAGGGGAUGUCUGAUGUCAUUGAUACAGUUUAUUCUUGCAACUACAGCGUCCUCACUCUGUCCUUGACCCCUGUUGCCAAUGGAAAUAAUCUCAAAUUAGUUCUAAGAAUGGUCAUUGCCGACUCAAAGGCCAUCGUCUCGUUAACAUGCGACCACAUAUUACAGUUUUUAAUAUGAAGGAUUUUUAUCAAUUUAAGACAAACUUUUAAAAGGAAAAAAUACUAAAGGAACCUAAUUUUAAAUUUAAAGACUAGAUAAAAGUCAAACUUAUGGGGGAAAACUGUGUCUUUGCUAUUACUCCUGAUGAAAUAGCGUUGUAAAGAUUGAUGCUCACUGAUCCUCUCUCAGUCCUCUGUGUAAUACAAUUGUUGGCCAUCUCUGUACUUAUAUUGUGAUAUAUAAUACUGUAACAUUAGAAAGAUUUUUUUUGGGGGGGGGGUGGGGGGGGGUCGAAGGGGAAGGAAAAAAAUAUUAUCCUGUAUCGUUCAUUGUCCUUUCUGACGACUUGGCAGUAUUCUAUAUGAAGCAGUCUGUCUCUUGGGUUUGCUUUGUAUUUCAUGGUAGGAUAGUUCAGAUCUUGUCUUAGGGACUUAGGUGUCUUGUGUAGGUAAUAAAGAUGUCCUUUGUAUGUUUCUUUAUAUUGUAAAGUUUCUUUAGACUGAAAGAAUAAAAUAUUUGCUUAUCAAAAGAAACGACUGCAUCAAUAAUAAAUGUAAUUUGAUUUUUCCCAA